AUAACACAAAAUAGAUAAGUAUACGAAGUUUGAAAGUCUUUCGGUACCAAAAACACUACAUAAAACAUAAAUGAAAACUGGUGCCCCCGUUUUAAAAUAGAUCUGGUGCUUGAACUUCACCAUAUUCCUUUUGUUACUAUUAAGUUGGUUUUUUAGAGCAUAAAUUUACAUGAAAUUUUGAUGAACAGUUUUAAUUCUGUUCAUUUUAAAAUAGGUAGUUUGUAUUGUAGAACCAGGGGCAGUUUCAAACAAGUUGAUAUCAAAAUGGUUAAGCAAUUUACUACAAAGAUUCUUUUCACAUUCUUCAAAAAGCAGUUAAUCUUACCCUAUCUUAAAAAAGGAGGACUCUACCAAAUGAUGUAGUCCUAGAUUUACUUUACAACUGCAAUUGAGAAUGAUUUGGUAUCGACAAAUGCCAUGCUUUUACAAAUGGGUUUUGGUGCCUGUAUAAUUGUGAGUACCUAAAGAGACCUUGAGCCUUCUUCUACCUUUGAACUAGCAGAACAGCUGUGACAUCACAGCCAGAGGGAGAGAGGGUUGCACCAGCUCUGGGCUGGUACUUUGUUUAUUAACCCCAAAGGUGUGAGAAGCAAAGUUAACCUCAGUGGGAUUUGAGCUAAAAGUGAAGAGAGCUGGAACAAAUAAUGCAAUGUAUUUGGUCUGAUAUUCUAAAGAUUCUGCCAAACAUGAUUUAAUUGUCUUAUUAAAAGCUCAAAACUUUUUUGAUCAUAGGUCUGCUGCAUCAGGGCUAAUCCAGAACUAAACCCCUAAGGAAUGACUAAUGACAUCUCUAUAGAAAGAAGAAUUUCAAGUUCUGCUAUUCUGUCAUUUAAAAUAUACUAUAGAACACAAUCUAAAAGUGUAGGUGGAGUUUGCAAUCUUUUCUUUUACUUGUUUCGGUCAUUAGACUGCAGCCAUGCAGGGGCACCACUUUGGAGAAUUGUUUAGUCAAAUGAUUUGACCCCAAGACUUAUUUUUUAAGCCUGCUGCUUAUUCUAUCAAUUCUUUUGCUGAACCACUAAGUUAUGGUAACAACACACCAGCACCAGUUGUCAAGUGGUGUGUAUGUGUGACAAACACAGACACAAAGACACACACACAUAGAUAUAUGUAUAUGAUGGGCUUCCUUCAGUUUCUGUCUACCAAAUCAAGGCUUUGGUCAACCCAAGGCUAUAGUAGAAGACACUUGCCCGAGGUGCCACACAGUGGGACUAAACCCGAACCUUGUGGUUGGGAAGCAAGCUUCUUACCACACAGUCACACCUGCACUUGAAGAAUUCACAUGAAGUAGUCUGAUAUAAAUUUUUCAUGACAAAUUAUAAAGUUAAGUCAAUUAUUCACAUAAAGGUUUGUAUCUAGAGCUUAUUUACAGUAUAGGAAUGCAUAUCCUGUGUUUCUAAGUAUCCUCUUUAAAUUGAAUUGUUUAUUUAUAAUUUCAGAUUACCAGAUAACAUUGGCAUUGAAAUUUUUCAACAAUUUUCAUCAUCUUUUAAAGUUGAAAGGAAAAUGUUGUACACAGCAGAUGAAACACUCUUUAUAUGAUUUUGUGGUUGAAUUAUCAUGAAAUAUUUCUUCUUAAAACUGAGAUUGAUAACAACACUUCUCUACUUCACUACCAGGAAUAUACACAAGAUAAUUUUGCAUUCUAUUUAAAUGUGGAUAAAUUUACCACAGAUAUAACUGGUUUCUCUGCAAGAAUUUCAUGUGAAUAUACUGUGAUAAACGGAUUCAUUUUUUUUGUUGGUUCCUUAUUACCAGUCAAGGUUUUGUCACAAAAAAAUCAUCUUGGAAUAAUUAUCCCAGAAAUCCUUAAAUCUCAAUAAAAUCAGCUUAUGACUGUCUGCAGCAUUUUCAAAUAUUGAGAGGAUUUGAGGUGAUGGGAAAAUAGUUGAAGAAGUAUAUAUUAGGAAUAAAAUAUGAAAAAACAAGAUCCCUAUAUUGUGGUGACAGAAUAAAAAAAAAAUUAUGGCAAAUGAAUUAUGUGAGAACCAGAUGAAAUAUCAAAUACAAUCUAGAUGGAUUGAUUCUGAUGAGAUGCUAAAACAGAUUGGUAAAACAGCAUAUCACUGUUGUAUCUGUAAGAAGUUAUUUUCUCAGAAAACUGACCUAAGUAGACAUGAACACAUUCAUACAGGAGAGAAACCAGAUCAUUGUGAUAUCUGUGGUAAAUUGUUUUCUCAGGAUGGGGAAUUAACUAUGCAGAAAUAUAUUUAUAAAGAGGAGAGUCUAUAUCACUGUGAUACUUGUGGCAUAUCAUUCUCUAAAAGCAUUGACCUUAAAACUCAUAUACGUAUUCAUACAGGAGGCAGACAAUAUCACUGUGAAACGUGUGGUAAAUCAUUCUCCGGAUCAAGUAAUUUAACUCGGCACAAACGGAUUCAUACAGGGGAGAAGCCAUAUUGCUGUGAUAUAUGUGGUAAAGCAUUCUCUCGAAAUGGUUGCUUGAUUGUUCACAAACGUGUUCAUACUGGAGAAAGGCCAUAUCACUGUGAUAUCUGUGGUAAAUCAUUUACUGAAAGAGGAAGUGUAGCUUCUCACAAACGUAUUCAUACAGGAGAAAAGCCCCAUUACUGUGAUAUCUGUGGUAAAUCAUUUUCUGGAAGAAGUAACUUAACUAAACACAGAUAUACUCAUACGGGAGAAAAUCUACAUCAUUGUAAUAUCUGUGGUAAAUCAUUCUCUCGGAGUAGUGACUUAACUGCCCAUAAAUAUAUUCAUACAGGAGAGAAACCACAUCACUGUAAUAUCUGUGACAAAUCAUUCUGUCGAGUAACUGACUUAACUAUACACAAACGCAUUCAUACAGGAGAAAAACCAUAUCACUGUGAUAUCUGUGGUAAAUCAUUCACUGGAAAAGGUAACUUAACUAAACACAAACAAAUUCAUACAGGAGAGAAACCAUAUCACUGUGAUAUCUGUGGCAAAUUGUUCUCCCGACUAAGUCAUUUAACUGGACACAAACGCAUUCAUACAGGGGAGAAACCAUAUCACUGUGACGUUUGUGGUAAAUCAUUCUCUUAUAAUGUUGACUUAACUACUCACAGACGCAUUCAUACAGGAGAAAAGCCAUACCACUGUGAUAUCUGUGGUAAAUCAUUCUCUAGAAGUGGUGAAUUGACUACUCACAGGCGCAUUCAUACAGGAGAGAAGCCAUAUCCCUGUAAUAUCUGUGGUAAAUCAUUCUCUGUCGCAUCCAGUUUAACUACUCACAAACGUAUACAUACAGGAGAGAAGCCAUAUAGCUGUGAUAUCUGUGGCAAAUCAUUCUGUGGAAAAAGUAAUCUGACUAAACACAAACUAAUUCAUACAGGAGAGCGUUCAUAUUACUGUAACAUUUGUGGCAAAACAUUCAGUCAAAAUAGUGACUUAACUAAACACAAACGUACUCAUACUGGAGAGAAGCCAUAUCCCUGUGAUGUCUGUGGUAAAUCUUUCUCUCAACGUGGUAAAUUGACUACUCACAAACGUAUUCAUACAGGAGAGAAGCCAUAUCACUGUGAUAUCUGUGGUAAAUCAUUUUCUCAGAGUUGUGAAUUAACUACUCACAAACGUAUACAUACAGGAGAUAAGCAAUACCAUUGUGAAAUUUGUGGUAAAUCAUUCUCUCAAAUAGGUCACUUAAGUGGACACAAGCGCAUUCAUACAGGGGAGAAGCCAUAUCACUGUGAUAUCUGUGGUAAAUCAUUCUCAAGAAAUAGUGACUUAACUAUACACAUGCGUAUUCAUACAGGAUACAAGCCAUAUGAAUGUGAUAUCUGUGGUAAGUCAUUCUCUAGGAAAGGUGAUUUAACUACCCACAAGCGUGUUCAUACAGGGGAAAAGCCGUAUCAUUGUGACAUUUGUGGUAACUCUUUCUCUGUGAUGUGUAGCUUAACUAAACACAAACGCAUUCAUACAGGAGAGAAACCAUAUCAUUGUGAUAUUUGUGGUAAAUCAUUCACGGGAAGUGGUGAUGUAACUGUUCACAAACGUAUUCAUACAAGACAAAAACCAUAAAUAUCAAUGUGAUAUGUAGUAAACCAUUCUUUGUUACAACAUAUAGCUUAACUAUUUAUAAAUUUAUUCAUGCAGGAAAGAAGCUGUAUUAUUGGGAAUUCUAUAACAAUUUUUCUUCUCCAAAAUGUGACUUAAGCACGAAUAUACACAACAAAAAUGCUUUUACAGACAUUCCUGAUCUUGGUCAUUCUCAGAAAAUGCUAUAAUUAUAUUUACCUUUAUUUUCACCAAGGACUAGUCAACCACAUUAGAACUGGUCUCAUGAAACAUGCACCCAGUACACACUGUAAAAUGGUUGCAAGCAAGCAGAGAAAAUUCAUGGUUAAAAGGGUUCUCCAGUCUUGUCUUGCCAAGUAUGUGGCAACUUCUAGUGCUGUUACUCUCAGUAAAGUGAUUAGUGAUGGGAAUGGUAUCCAGCUGUUGAAACCUAUUCAAAAUGAAACAUUGGGUUCUGGUCUACAAGAGUAGGUAGUAAGAACUAACUCAAAACUGUGAAGGCAUAUGCAACCCAUGAUAGCAUAGAAAGCAGAUAGAAAGUGGUGUUGAUGACAAUGAAGAAGUCUAGUGCAUCACUUUUAUAUGUAUUCUAUGAAAGAAAUACAUUAUUUAACCACAUAUAUUUGUACAGGUGAGAAUGUAUUACAACUUCCUAAUACCAUUUUAUAAUCAUAACUGUAUCAACAUUUGUGCGAUUAACUUAAUAGUGUGAUAUUUUAAAAUAAAUGCAUUUUUCAGAAUAUAUAUAUAUAUAUAUAUCCCCCCUCUCUCUCUUUUGGAGAGAGGCACAAGCACAUACACAGACAUAUACACACACGGCAGUAACUUUCGCCUACCAAAUUCAAUCACAAAGCUUCGGUCGGCUCAGGGCUAUAGCAGAAGACACUUGCCCAAGGUGCCACGCGG